GGUUCGGAAUUGAAGCAACGUUGUGAUCAUUCCCGGGAGACGGCCUGUGAGCCCUGUGAGGAGGACUACUACAACGACAGCUACACUUACUCACGGUGCAGGAGUUGCACAGUCUGCGAGAAAGAUAGAGGUCUCCAAGAAGUAAAACCUUGUGAAGCACAUUCGGAUGCACAUUGCACCUGCCUCCCAGGCUAUUCGGAGACAGUCAGAAGCGAUGAAAAGAGAUGUGACCCGUGUCCCGAUGGUUAUUUUUCCAAAGGAGGGGCAGACAAAUGUCGGCAUUGGAGAAAUUGCACGGCUGAAGGGAAAAGGACUCUUCGCCCUGGGAAACAGGAUGAGGAUGCAAUCUGCGAUGACCAGUCCUCUGUACCUAAAGGGUCAACAACCAUCUCACUGCCCUCCAGCCCAGUUCAGGAGACGGUUGCGCCACCGACAAAACCCAGGCCAAUGGAAGCUAACUUGACCACUCACUUGAAGGAACCCAGGCCAGGUACAUCUGAUCCAAGGUUUGUAGCAGCUUUUGUCAUUGGUGCGCUGCUGCUUGUUGCAGGAGGAGCAUCUGCCCUUUUGCUGUUCUUAUGGAAGUCCAAGAAGAAGCAUCAACAGCUGGAGAGACCUGAGGUGCCGUCAGGUCUUCCACACGAGGAUGAAAGGAGUAGCUUUCGAAUCCCUAUUCAGGAAGAGCAAACUGACAGCAAAUCCAGCCUUGUGCAAAACUGACCUUCUCUGGGAAGAAAAAUGAAAUCCGAUCACCUUUUACUUUGACGCCGAAAGAAUGGACCUUUGGUUUGGUCCUCCGCUUGCUUGUGUCUUCCUCCUCAACCCAGUUUCCUCUUAUGCUUCCCUCUUCCCUCUUCUUCUUUGUGUGUCUUGAUUUCAUUUUUUGGAACGGUCUCUUUUGGGGUUUUCAUUGCACAGCACCUUA